UAUGAUAUGCGAAGAAGGUUAAAAUUGAAUGUCGCGGUCAAUGAUUGCAGUUGGUAACAAAUAACACUAAAAAUGUUGAAGGUGCCGUGUCAUUAGAAUUGGUCAGUACGCAUGCUCUCUUACCUUACCUCUUUCGGAUAAACCCAUUCUGAUCACAUUUUCUGUGGAUAUUCGCAAUAAAUAACAAUGGCCGAUAUUGAAGAAACUCAUUUCGAUACUGGCGAUUCCGGAGCGUCGGCGACUUACCCUAUGCAAUGUUCGGCACUACGUAAAAAUGGUUUUGUUAUGCUUAAAUCUAGGCCUUGUAAGAUUGUCGAAAUGUCCACAUCGAAAACUGGAAAGCACGGCCAUGCCAAAGUACAUCUUGUAGGAAUUGAUAUAUUCUCCGGUAAGAAAUACGAAGAUAUCUGUCCAUCGACACAUAAUAUGGAUGUACCACAUGUUAAACGCGAAGACUAUCAACUAACUGACAUUUCCGACGACGGGUAUCUAUGCUUAAUGGCCGAUAAUGGUGACCUUCGGGAGGAUCUGAAGGUGCCAGAAGGAGAAGUAGGUGUACAAUUAAAAAAUGAAUACGAUGCCGGUAAAGAUAUACUGUGCACCGUGCUCAAGUCCUGCGGUGAAGAAGUUGUGAUUGCUGUAAAAACAAAUACUGCCCUGGAUAAAUAAUUCUGGCUAAAGUACGUGGAGGCCGAAGCUGUUAAUACCUUAUUUCAAAAGUCUAACCUCCACUAAAAGCCCCCGUUGCUAUAUAAUACUUGCAGGACCAGUUUAAACGGCUUUCCAGCAGCUAUAAAUCAACUUUGUGUCAACAUUUUGGAACCUACAGUUUUGUUGAGAUUUCACAAAUCGUUACAAUAAAUUCAAAUGUGUUUUUAAAAAUUUGCGAGUAUAUACACUUCUUCCUGUCCACUGUAUAAUAAACUAUCAACCACUUUAUAUGGUCUUUUCGUAUAUUAUACAUAAAUGAAUUCUUUUUUAUUUCCGUAUUUUCCAUAUAGGAGGUAGAUAGUUUUAAUGUUAUUGACAAAUCUUGUUGAAAUCAUUCUUUCAAUAAAUUACUAGUGUAAGAUUG